CAAGGUGCUGCGUAAUGCAAGCCGCUAGUUCGGUAGCAUUUGCGCAUGCGCCGUAGGGGAAAAAAACCCCCACUUUAAUUCGGGUUUCGGUGUUCGGGCCUGCUGUGUGGGGAAGCCGCGAUGCCGGAUUAUUUGGGGGCCGAUCAGCGCAAAACCAAAGAGGAGGAGAAGGAGGAUAAGCCUAUCCGUGGUCGAGUGAAACCUCCCCGUAGAAGCGUACACGCAAGCUGGCUGGGGCUGCUUCACGACGUGUUUGUGGGAAGCCAGCUUGUGAUGCCGUUUCUUGGAAAGUUUAAGGCGAAAGGCCUAAACCUGCCAUCAGGCCAGAGCACAUACUCCAGGCAGAUCAAACAAGUAGAAGAUGACAUUCAACAGUUGCUUAAGAAAAUUAAUGAACUCACAGGCAUUAAAGAAUCGGACACUGGCCUGGCACCCCCCGCCCUUUGGGAUUUAGCAGCUGAUAAACAAACUCUUCAGAGUGAACAGCCACUGCAGGUGGCCAGGUGUACAAAGAUAAUCAAUGCGGAUUCCGAGGACCCCAAGUAUAUCAUCAACGUGAAGCAAUUUGCCAAAUUUGUGGUGGACCUCAGUGACCAAGUGGCACCUACUGACAUUGAAGAAGGAAUGAGAGUUGGUGUGGACAGAAACAAAUAUCAGAUCCAUAUCCCCUUGCCUCCAAAGAUUGACCCAACAGUCACUAUGAUGCAGCCGGAACGGUUUGUCAAUCUCGGGAUCGAGCCCCCCAAAGGAGUUCUCCUCUUUGGCCCACCUGGGACAGGCAAAACUCUUUGUGCCCGAGCUGUGGCGAACAGGACGGACGCUUGCUUCAUCCGAGUGAUCGGGUCCGAGCUGGUGCAGAAAUACGUGGGAGAGGGAGCCCGGAUGGUCCGGGAGCUGUUUGAAAUGGCGAGGACGAAAAAGGCCUGCCUCAUUUUCUUCGACGAGAUAGAUGCCAUCGGAGAUUCUUGUAGAGAACUGAAGCUUGAGCAAGAAAUGUUUAUACUCCUUUGA